AUGAUGAAGUUGAUGGAGGCUCAGCGUGACCUGGAAGAGCAACGCUUGGCCAGGCACCAGGAGAAGCAACGCUUGCAGCAAAGCAACUCUGGUGCCUUCUCUGCACGACAACGUGCUCAGCACGACAAGACUCAAAACAAUUUCAAAGAACUUCAAGCUCGGCGUGUGGAGGCUCGAAGCCAUGCGGAUCUGCAGCAGGAGCGGCGCCGAUCCGAAGUGGAACAGAAGACGGCCGUCAAAAGCCAAAAGCUGGAGGACAUGGCCGCUGACAGGCAAAAGCUAUGGGAGAUCCGAAAAACUGCACAUCGAGAGGCUGCUAGAAUCCUCCGCGAUGCGAAGCGAGAGGUGCAUCGGCAGUCGAUGAGCUCCAGGUACAGCGUGAAGUUUCUCCAGGAGCAGAUGGGACGCCUGGAACAUCCUGAUGGAUUGACGACAAGUCUGACCGGCAGCAGCUCCGGCAGUUCUACGGCCUCAAUUCAGGAUGAGUCACACAACAGGACGAACGUGUUGAUGGCGCCUGUGGACGGUAAGGUGUCGCUCUCACUAUGCCAAAUGCUUGAGAGUGAAAAGAAGGCUGCUGCCGCGGCUCUCAAGGCAGGCACAGACGAUGAGGACCACCAGGGAAGCUCUGGAAGCCCUGGAUGGAUCGUUUGUGCCAGCGUUUCGCUUGCCCUCGCUUCAGCAAAUUCCACUGUGCCUCGUGAGCAUGAACGAUUCUACGAUUUCCUGAUGUAUAUCACUGAAGGAAAACCUGAGCUUCGUCAAUAUCUUGUGCGAAAGAUGCUGCUGCACAUCUCUACCCCAGCUUGGAUACCUCCUGCAUGUCCCGCACCUAACCGGCCCUUGGCUCGCCGUGGUCGUGAACAAAUCAAAGAACUGAAGGUGGUGGUGCUCAUUGCCACACCCCUCAAAUCCUUUGAGUGGCGACAGAUGGUGCGACACACUCUUCCAGAGCUGACUUCGAACGUUGAGAUUGGAUGCCCCGUCUUUAUUGUGCCUCGUUUUGCAGUUGGCUCCGGGACAGUCACGCCCUUGCUACGGUAUGAAGCCGAAACGUACGGAGAUCUUGCGAUUCUGAACAUGACUGACAGCUUCGUUUCUGCAGGGCAGAAUUCAGAAAAGACUUGGUUGUCGUUCCGCUGGGCGUUGGAAAGACAUCCGGACGCACAGCUGAUUUUUCAUCAGGAUAGCGAUACUCUGGUCGAUUGGCGUCAAGCCUUGCCGCGCUUUUUGCGUCGUAUUUUCCCAGACUUGCCUCCCGAAGCGCAAGAGUUGCGGUUCUUGCAGCUGGGACGUUUGUGCGAGCGAGUGCCGACACAUUUGUUGGCCGGGUGUCCAGGGUCUGUCGAACUGGAGCCCUGUGGUGCUGGUUCGCUGUAUGGUUUCUCCAGCGAUGUGGUGCGGUGGAUGGUGGAAACACAACGACCUGAGGUUGGACACCGCAUGAACUACGAAGACCUGCAUGCUUGCCGUUGGGCACGCCAUUUUGAACAACACAUUGGAACCUCCCUGGAUGUUUGCGGCCUUCUGCGUGCGCGAGACUUUCAGAAUGCAUGGAUUCAUCCCCUCAAGGACCAGCAAACAUAUUUGACGUGCUUCCGAAAUCGAACGCACGGUUGCUGGGCGAACGACCUGGGAUUGCAGCGCUUGCAUUUUGUGAUGCAAAAGUCAACGCAGCGUUGCAGCCAGCAUGAACACACUGCACCUCCGAAGAAGAGUUUCCAGCCCUACCAUGCACAGAGUGUGCCGAAGUCAGAAGACCUGGAGGCCGUCGCAUUCAGCCGACAAAACAGUGGAGAGGUCGGAGAUGUGACUACCAUGAUGCUUCGCAACAUCCCCAACAAGUACACGCAAAAUUCGCUCCUCCAGGAGAUUAAUGACUUGGGAUUUACCGGCACCUUUGAUUUCUUCUACCUUCCGAUGGAUGUCCACAACCGCAGCAACGUUGGCUACGCCUUUAUCAAUUUUCUGCGUCCAGAUGAUGCCGAGCUGUUCCGUCAGAAGUUCUCGGAUCAUCGGUUCCAGCGAUUCCAAAGCCGCAAGAUCAGCAGCGUUUGUACUGCACAUGUUCAGGGCUUACAUGAGAACCUGCAGCAUUUCCAGAAUCGCGCUGUGACGCAUGCGAGGAACGACCAGUACAGGCCUGUGGUUUUCCGCAACGGUUGCCGUGUGGACAUUGAGGACAUUCUGGCAGAAGGGAAGAGCUCUGGCUCGGAAGAUGAGAAGCCGCGAGCGAAGAAGGAGGAGCGUAAGACCAAGGGCAAGGCUGAGCCAAAGCGUGCACCUGCGACCUCCAAGACAUCCGUACCGAAGACCGGCCGCAAAGGCCAAGAAGGUUUGGAGGAGGCCAUCCGCCAGAGUCUGGAGGCCUUGCAGGAACGCAUGUCUUCCCAGGAGUCGCCAUUGUCGCCCCCACCUGGUCUUACGCCACCCUUUGAGCCUGUGGCCAUGGAACAGCAAGUUCAGAUGGGCCAGGAGCAGGAAGUGAUGCAGCUGCUAAACCUGCGAGGUCUACUGCUGGACCGCCUUCUGCAUAAGGAGGAGAACUUCGCUUACAACCAGGCGGCUGCCUUUUUGGCCAUGCAGCAACUCCAGGAGCAGCAGUACAUGCAGAUGCAAAGCCCGCCAAUGUGCCCCGUGCCAUAUCCGGAGUCCAAGUGGGAGGAUCCAGCCUACGUGGAUGUGAAUCCAUCCUUCAUGGGAAAGGGCUUCAACAACUUCGAGACAGACAUGCCAACUCCUCGCACCAAUCAGCUGAUGUUGGAAGGAUCUCUUGAGAGUUUUUGA